CUUUCCUCCAGCGGGCGGCGGUGAGCGCGGUGAAGCUGGUUCACCGACUCUCGGUAACACCAACGAAGAAGAAGCUAGUCCGAGUAAUUUACAGGCCGACAACAAACAAACAGAGAAAUAGUGCCGGUACGGACAUGUCAGCUGAUACCAAGAUUGCCGAGCUGCUCACAGAGCUCCAUCAGCUCAUCAAACAGACACAGGAGGAGAGAUCACGCAGCGAACACAACCUGCUCAACAUUCAGAAAACACAUGAGAGGAUGCAGACGGAAAACAAGACGUCUCCGUACUACCGCACCAAGCUGAGGGGACUGUACACCACCGCCAAAGCAGAUGCCGAGGCAGAGUGCAGCAUCCUGCGUCAUGCUCUUGAUAAAAUAGCAGAAAUCAAGUCUUUGUUGGAGGAGAGGAGGAUAGCUGCUAAGAUGGCAGGAGUUUACAGCGACAGCGACCCUCCCAGGAAGACCAUGAGGCGCGGGGUCCUGAUGACGCUGCUCCAGCAGUCGGCCAUGACGCUCCCUCUGUGGAUCGGGAAGCCGGGGGAGAGCCCCCCCCCUCUGUGCGGCGCGACCCCGGCCAGCAGCGACUACGUGGCCAAACAGGGCGACAAAGUGGCGGCGAGGGUGAAGGCUGUGGACGGAGACGAGCAGUGGAUCCUGGCUGAGGUGGUCAGCUACAACCACUCCACCAACAAGUAUGAAGUGGACGACAUUGAUGAAGAAGGAAAAGAGAGACACACUCUGAGCAGACGGCGGAUCAUCCCUCUGCCUCAGUGGAAGGCCAACCCAGAGACGGACCCCGAGGCCCUGUUCAGUAAGGACCAGCUGGUGCUGGCGCUCUACCCUCAGACCACCUGCUUCUACCGGGCCCUGAUCCACACCCCGCCGCACAGGCCUCAGGACGACUACUCGGUGCUGUUUGAGGACACGUCGUACGCAGACGGUUACUCCCCUCCUCUGAAUGUGGCUCAGCGAUACGUGGUCGCCUGCAAAGAGAACAAGAAGAAGUGACGGACGCCUGGAUACGAAAAGCAGAUCUACACCACAAGACAGAGAUGGAGCCUGUUUUUAGGAGCAGGAUUGUGUUUUGAACUGGCGCUGACUUCAGUUUUUAGAUGAACAGGUGUUCAGGGAUAGAGCAGCUUUCGGAGCAGGUUCUGGUUCAGGAUUCAUACUGGUUGAUCAUUGGAUUAUCUGUGACGAUCAGGAGCUGAGGUGCGAGACAUUUGUCAAUCAAAACAAACAAAAAUGUAACAUCUGUUGAAUGAGAUUGAAUUUGUCAAAUCACCACCAGACACAGAAGAAGUGAAAUUUACGACGGAGACUUGAACGUCUCAUUGGGGAAGCAAAUUAGCGGAUCCUGUAAUCCUGUGUUCACACUGGAAGAUGUUGAGACUAAACCAACCUGUUGUCCCACAAAUAAAUACACAAAGUAAACAGAUUAAAAUUAACAGAAAACAUCUGGAAAAACAUUUUGCUUCCUGUUUGUGAAGUUUAAUUGGCAGUGGCGUUUUAUAUUAAAUCAUUUCCUGUUUAGUAUGUUCGUUUCUUGUAUACUAACUGCAAAAACAGUAUUCUAGUAUAUACUGUAAAUACUUUGCAUGUAGUAUGGAGCUGGGACACAACGGAUUUUGUACUAUAGUGGAGAAGUUGGACAUUUUUCCCACCGACUUCGAACAUGUUGUUGUAGCAUGUAGUGGCCAGUAGAAGAACAUCAGUGUAAAUAUCCAGAUGAUGCUGCCGUGGGGUCUGUUUGGCCCUGAUGUAUAUUUUUUACAUGUGAAGUUUUAAUGAUUGUUGUGUGGAACAAAAACUUAAAAGACCAGAGUGAAAAACUGCUCAUGUCUCAUUCCUUUGUUGUUGUUAUUCUCCCGAAGAAAAAACAUGAAACUUGAACCAUCACUGUGGAACAACUAUAAACAGGAUUUUGAAAUUGAACACAAACAAAAAUGAAGGAAGCUUUUUGAACAUUUUGACUUUUGAAUGGAGUUUCUAACUGAAUGUAUGGAAGAGCAGACAGGGUUGAAAAACGCAUGAAAAGUUGUGGAAAACUGGAGAUUGAACAUUCCACCCAUUUAUCUGAACGGGAAAAAAAUGUCAGAAAAACGUUGAAUAUUUUGGAAAAUAUGGAAUAAAUCAAAAAACUGAAUACAU